UACAUGAUAAUGGCAGGUAUAUAUGAAAAAUACGAAAGUCCUUUAACUUCAAGAUAUGCCUCUCCAGAAAUGCAAAAGCUUUUUUCACCUGCGAAACGAUUUUAUACCUGGAGACUAUUAUGGUUGAAUUUGGCCAAAGCUGAAAAGGAAUUGGGACUUGAAAGUAUAACGGAAGAAGCUAUUCAGGAAAUGGAAACUCAUUUGUUUUUAACUGAACAAGAUUUUAUAAAUGCUGCUAUCGAAGAAAAAAAAACUCGACAUGACGUUAUGGCACACGUGCAUGCCUUUGGUCAGGUUGCGUCCAAAGCUUCAGGCAUUAUUCAUUUAGGGGCUACCAGUUGUUAUGUGACGGAUAAUGGAGAUUUAAUUAUAAUGCGAGAAGGUCUGGAAUUAUUAUUAGAAAAAUUAGCUCGAGUUAUUGAUAAAUUUAGUAAAUUCGCCCAAGAAUAUAGAAGUUUACCUACCUUGGGGUUUACACAUUUUCAACCUGCUCAAUUAACUACUGUUGGUAAAAGAGCGACUCUUUGGAUUCAGGAAUUAUUGUGGGAUAUGAGAAAUAUAACAAGAGCUAGAAAUGAUCUUGGAUUCCGUGGUGUUAAAGGAACCACAGGAACUCAAGCAUCAUUUUUGGCAUUGUUCGAAGGUGAUCAUGAUAAAGUGGAGGUUUUGGAUAAACGCGUUGCCGAACUUUCCGGAUUCAAACAAUUAUAUGUAGUCACCGGACAAACGUAUUCACGUAAAAUAGAUGUCGACUUGUUAAAUGUAUUAAGUUCAUUUGGAGCCACCGCGCAUAAAAUUGCUACUGACAUAAGAUUAUUAGCAAAUCUUAAAGAAAUCGAAGAACCAUUUGAGAAAGAUCAAAUUGGUAGUUCUGCUAUGGCUUAUAAAAGGAAUCCAAUGAGAUGUGAAAGAGUCUGUGGUUUAUCAAGACAUUUAAUGAUACUCGCACAAGAUGCUUUGAUGACUAAUAGUGUACAAUGGCUGGAAAGAACUUUGGAUGAUAGUUCUAAUCGACGUAUUUCGAUCCCUGAAGCAUUUUUAACAGCCGAUAUAAUAUUAUCAUUAUUACAAAAUAUUUCUGAAGGAUUAGUUGUAUAUCCCAAAGUAAUUCAAUAUCACAUCACGCAAGAAUUACCAUUCAUGGCUACAGAAAAUAUUAUUAUGGCUAUGGUAAAGAAAGGGGGAGAUAGACAACAAUGUCAUGAAGAAAUUAGAGUUUUAAGUCAUCAAGCUGCUGAUAAAGUUAAAGGAGAAGGCAAAGAAAAUGAUUUAAUUGAAAGGAUUAAAUGUACUGGAUAUUUUAAACCGAUCUGGAAUGAGCUUGAUUCUUUAUUAGACCCCAAUACAUUCAUUGGACGUUCACCACAACAAGUUGAUAAAUUUAUAAAAGAAUGUGUGGAACCAGCAUUAAAACCACACGAAGAAAUAUUAAAACAAGAUCGAAAAAUAAUUUUAAAUAUAAUGAUGAUAAAAAUUUUUGCACGUCAGGCAGAAUCACAAAAAUGUUGA